CGACAUCCACAAUUCACAUCCAGCCAGCACCCACGCACAACAACCCAGCCAGACUAGACAAACUCUGAUCUGAAGUCAAUCUCAUCUCUACCCCGAUUAACGUCUCAACCCAGCUGACCCCAACCCACCUGCGCAACCUUCCUUUCCACCCGCAACCGACUGAGACUGUUCCAUCCACAUCGCCUCGUCCUUCUCCAGCAACCUUGAAUCGCCCCAGCAAAACACAAGGGGUCACACAAAAUCCCACUGUACCACUCAGCAAUUAAAUGCAUGUCGAUACUGUGCAAACAACCCACCGGAUGGAUGGCCCCGUUAUUGCAGCGACCACCGCUGCCCUCGCAGCUGCUACCCAGACCGCCUACAUCGUCACCGACUUCCUGAGGGACGUGCCACCCGCCCAUGCCGAGCUCGAGUCCGUCCUCGUCGAGUUGUUUGACCUGCGCGGCUUCUUUGAGCGCCUCCAGCACUCCGCACCCCCACACCCCCUUUGCAACCCCCUCAUCGGCGUCACACGAGGCUGCACUGACAUCUGCGCCCGCAUCGACUCUGCCCUCGCCGGCUGUGGGGAUGGCCCACUCCGAACUGGCCGCUGGGCCCUGACCGAUGCCUCGGUAGACGUUCGGAGACUCACCAGGGCACUGGCCUUCUGCCGCCAGACCAUCCAGUUUGCAUUCGAGGCCAUUGCGAGGAACGUCACAGACGAGACCAUGGCCGAUGUUGAAUAUGUGCGAAAGCAUCUGACACCAAGCGGGCUGCGGGUUGCUCGUCUGGACGCACUGCUUGCGCACUGUCUCGAUGAGGUUGAGAAUUAUGUUACCAAGGUCCAGGAAAGCUCAUCAAUUGCCACGCCAGACAGCCCUGGUGCUGGGGCCCAGCUCCCUCCAACACCAUCAGUCCACACCAUGAUGACCUCGUUCAGGAGGAGGUCCUCCGACUCCAUCGACCGGGCAGACAUGAGACCAUACUCGUCAACGAGCUCCGAGCUUCACUCCAUAUCCGAGAAUUCCGCUCACUCACAGCCCGCGGACAUUCACGACGACAGUCUUUCAGAUGGAUUAAGUCAGGGCUCACGCAGGCUGAAACCAUCGCCUCUCCAACUCACCGUGAAGAGCUUUUCGGCCUCCGAUGCCCGUCCUUCACAGGGCUACAGCCUAUUUCCAUCUCCCCCACCCACCAAGAGCCUGCCGCCCAUUCCACCACCCAAGUCACCCUACAGGCGCAAAGUCUCAGCCUCGUCAACCCAGGUGCCCAGUAUUCCCGUCAGGUCAAGGUCGAGAGCUGCGUCGGAGACAACCUUCGAUCUGAACCGCGACUCCAAGUUCUCAUCACUUAGCGAAGCAGCUUCGAACCGUUACUCAACAGCCUCCUCGGUCAACAAACCACCCGUGAGGACGAGUUCCCACGCGUAUGAGCCGCCACUAGCCAGCCCGAAGCCCACGGUUUCCACCCUUUCCGAAGAAACGGGGUUCGAGAUCGUCCCUUCGACGAUUUUGGAGCCCACUGACAAGGAGAGCGCUCAUGUGGUUUACUCCAUCGACACCUCACCCACAUCAACAGUGCUGGCCAGCAGACACGGCAAAACCCAUGUUAACCUGUGGGAUAUCACCUCAGGCUACGAGUUGAUCACCACCAUCAAGGUAUCCUCCAACGUCCAGGCGCAGCCACGAUCACGGGAGAAUUUCAUCCGCUCCCAUGCCAUCCUCUCAGAGACGCUCAACCUGGUCGUCAUCACCUCCGGCUUCGGGCACACGCUCGAGAUCCACAACUGGGCGAAGCGCAAGAGGGUACAGAGCAUCAGCGACGCCUACAGGUGGGCAUAUGCGAGACAGGCGCAGUACGAAUGCUACCCGCUUGCUGCGUACCGCGAGGAGAAGGACACGAUCGAUCUGUUCCCGUCGUCGCCGCCGGCUUCCAAGAAGCCCUUCGGCAAGCCGCGCUCUAUCGAGCUUCGCAAGGCGGGACUGCCGUUCCUGCCCAAGCUGCCAGAGCUGGCCUACUCUGCGACGGGACCUCUCUUGGUCGCAGCCGCGGGUCCGCGUCCACCUCGUCCCAACUGCCCGCCGCCCGAGCAUGCCGCCCUCCUGAUGGCAUGGCGGCUCGACGAUGGCGGCUUCGACGGCGGCGCGGGCCCCGUCCACAGGCCCUACAAGUUCAUCAUGCCCGACCGCAAGAAGCACCCGGAGCUGGAGAACUCGCUGGCGUUGAGCCUGGUCACGUACGGGAGCGUGGCGGUGUCGGUGUGGUCGCCGGCCAAGUUCAGGACCAUCGGCCGCCCGGGGAUGUGGCAGGUUGAGCCCACGGCAGUCACGCAUAGGGUGGUGCUGGUGUGGGACUUCUCGACCGACAAGACGACCACUUACAAGAUCCCGGACGCCCUCAACUGCGUCAGCCCGGACUGCCGCUUCGUGGCGUACUGCGACCCGGGAACGGCGCAGAGACAAGGCGCGCUGGCAAUCCUGGACGCGAUGAGCGGGCGCGAGCUUUGGCGGCUGGGCAGUUCUAGCGCCAACGGCAACGGUAACGGCACCACUAUCAGCAGCAGCAGCAACGGGAAGAGCAGCGGCGGAGGCGGCACGGCGUGGGACGGGCGGUCCGUGUCGAGCAGGCGGAGCGGGCGCAGCUCGCAGAAGAGCGGGCGCUCGUCGGAGGCGGGCGAGGCGCCUGCGGCGGCCGGCGGGCUGGAGAAGCUCGGCGGGGACCUGGGCAGGGUCACGGAGCUGGCGUUCUCCGGCGACGGCAGCAAGCUAUUCAUCGGGAACACCGACGGCGGCGUUGGGGUUUAUGACAUCAGGGAGGGCAUGGGUAUCGGUCGAGAAAAGUCUUUGCAGCAGGAUACCCACCAUUACUUCUAAAACUUUUGUAUUUUUCCUUUGUCAUCAUCAUCAUCAUCAUCUCCCACGGGACGGACGGACGCGGAAUGUCUGGCGUUGGGAAGGGGGGUGGGGAAUCAUUCAUGAACCGGAACUGGCUAGCUGGCACGCGGCUGAUUUGCUUGGCACCAGAUGUUUUAAUAUUGUCUAAUGGCGGCUUCAUGGGGUUUAUGUACUCGUCAAGUUCAGAAUGUACAUGACCGGAAUGCCAUAUGAACAAAAC